AUGGCUCGUAUAAUCGGAUCGAAAAGGGCCGCGGCAAAGUAUGACAGACUACAAGAAGCUGAAGUUGCUCAUUUUCUCUUGCAUGUCUUGGACGACCCAGAGAGGUUCAUGAACCAUAUCAGGACGUCGGUUUGCUCAACUCUCAGAAGUCAGGGGACUAUGCUAACAUUGCUAAGGGAAGCGGGCUCAGUCAUUCUGAAAAUCGCUUACGGAUAUACAGCCGAGCCGUUCAAGGAGAAUAUCCUCAUCAACAUGGCAGGGCAAGCCAUGGAUAAUGUAACAGCAGCCGGUGUUCCCGGCGCGUUCCUAGUUGAUGUACUGCCCCUAUUGCCCUACGUACCAGACUGGGUUCCUGGCGCAAACUUCAAGAGACUUGCCAAGAAAUGGUCUUCAGAGCUGGACGACCUCACUGAAAUGCCUUAUGCUUUUUCCAAGCAUCAGCACGCCUUGGGUAAACAAGAUAACUCGUUUGCCUCACGGCUUCUUGAAAUUGAAGAUUCGACUGAGGAAGCGAUGUCACUGUACGCUGCUGGGGCUGAUACGAAGAAGGCCCAGGAGGAGAUUGACGGCGUAAUCGGCAACGAGAGACUACCUAAUUGUUCAGAUCGGACAAUUCUUCCUUAUGCCAAUGCGGUAGUUAAGGAGGUUCUUCGAUGGAAUCCAGUAGUCCCUAUGGGGCUGCCUCAUACAAGCACUGAAGAUGAUGUGUUUGAAGGACACUUUAUUCCCAAGGAUGCCCUGAUUAUGCCCAAUAUCUGGUACUUUGUCCAAGACCCUGAGGUCCACCAAGAUCCGAUGCGCUUUGAGCCAGAACGGUUCUUGUCUACCGACGGCAAUCAACCUGAACAAGAUCCGCAUACGUACACAUUCGGCUUUGGGCGCCGCGUAUACCCCGGGCGUGUCUUAGCCGACAAUGCAUUAUUCCUCAACAUCGCCCAGUCACUCGUGGUAUUGCAUAUCAGAAAAGACGAGAAUGGUGCCCAACCCAAACUCCUAUUUACUCCCGGGAUGAUUAGCCACCCCGAGCCGUUCAAAGCCGCUAUUACGCCAAGAUCGCCACAGCACGAGCAAUUGAUCCGGCCAUUGGAGCAGGAUUUUUCCUGGGAACAGAGCGACAAUCAUAUCAUAGAGAAGAUGCAGCGCCAAGCAUCGUGA